UCAAACCUCUUCCUUUUGCGUGUGUUUCAAAUUACAGUGUUAUAUCGCUUUUGAAAACGUUGUCGGAGAUAGAUGGGCGCUUUAGAUUAUCUCUCUGAUUAUUUCUCUGACCUUGUCGACUGCUCUCGCAGUCAUGGACGCAAGAGGCUCAAAAAACACAAGCAACUUCAGACUGUGGAAAUAAGGAUAAAAAUGGACUGCGAAGGGUGCGAGAGGAUGGCGAGGAAAUCAGUGCAGGGCAUGAAAGGUGUGUCACAGGUGGAGGUGGACCGGAAGCAGCACAAGCUCACGGUCGUCGGAUACGUGAAUCCGAAGAAAGUACUCCAUCGGGUGAGGCAUCGGACGGGCAAGAAAGCCGAGAUGUGGCCCUACGUGCCCUACGAUAUGGUGGCGCACCCUUACGCUCCUGGGGUUUACGACAGGAAAGCGCCGCCCGGGUACGUGAGGAACGUGGAGCUACAGGACCCUCAAAGGUCUAGCUUGGCACGAGCGAGUUCUGCUGAAGUCAAGUAUAUCACUGCUUUUAGUGAUGAUAAUCCCAAUGCCUGUUCUGUUAUGUGAAUUGUUGUGUAUGUGUACAUAUAUAUAUAUAUAUAUAUUAGUCUAGUGUAGAUAUGAAUUUUCAUUUGUGAUGUGUUUUGUUGGACUGGGCUUUUAGUUUGAUGUAGGAACAAUUUGAAUUGGAAGCAAAAGAGUGGUGUGUAAAAUUGUAUAUUAUACAAUUGUCAAUAUGAAUAGGAAGCAAAAGAGUGGUGUGUAAAAUUGUAAAUUUGUAUAUAUAACAUUUGAGUGA